AUGAAUGAUGGCAUCGAGCAGCAUGAUCAGCACCUGCUGCUAUCUCUGCCUAUACACUCGACCGGACAGCCCAAGAAAGAAAAUGUAUUUGCCAAAGGGAUCAGGAAGCUAGGACGAACGGCGUCUAGACUAAAUUUGACCACUCAGUUCGACCAGGACCCGCUGUCGGGUUCCGUUUCGCCUCUGGUUAGGCUUGCUGACCCACAGAGUACAUCUCCUGAUGACGAGUUCCAGUCGAUAGGGUACAAUGCUGUUUCUGAUGCUACAGAACCCACCCAUGUCAGGUACUUGCCCAGAAAGGACUCUUUCACCGUUUCUGACCUGCCCCAUAGAGCUUCACUUGGCUCUGGAGAGGUUCGGACUGAAUUGAAAGCUCCUACAUUACCACCAUUGCAAACGAUUGCCAUCAAUGAAUGGAAAGAGGGAAUGUCACCCAUUCUGUCUGCUCAGAGUCCCAUCACUGCCAGAUCUCCAACCAGAAACCAAUUCCAAUUGGAAGAUAAGACCAUGAAUGCUGGUAGUUCUAUUAUGAGUUCAGCUAACGAUAGUUCUGCCAGCUUCGGCUCGCUUGAUCCCAAGCCCAGAUCGUCUAGUCUCCUUGAAUCCCACAUUCCACGUUCCCACAGCAUAAGCGGCUCUACUACGGAGAUUCCCGCAAACAGCAUAAUCAAACUUGGACCCCCUGCACCACUAUAUACCCAGCCUAAGGUGCGUUCCAAAUCGAGCUCCAACUCAUUGAGCUCCAAAGCCAUAAUAUCUAAUCCAUUGCAUUCAUUUCACGUCGUCACGUCCAACAUCAAUCAGAUGCCUGAGCCUGCUGUGGUUGAGCAUCUUUUUCAAAAGCUACUCUCCAUCAGAGUGUUUCCGGAGGAUUCCUUCAAAACAACUUCUCUCAAGCGCAAAUGGGAGCUCCUUUUGAGUGAGGGCGAGACCAACGCCGCCUUUGAUCUACCUCAAUUAAUCGAAGAAGCCGCAGUAUCCGUUGAAACUGCGGACACGAAACCAAUCACACAAUUCAAGUCUAAUCAAUCGAGCAGGAACAGCUCAACCUCCUACCAGAAAGAACGUCAAUCCGACUCAUCUAAUCGAUCCUCACAUCACUCAAACACAUCGCCAAUGUUGAUGGCUUCUAAUGCAAAAAAAGGUUCCCCCAUAUGGUUUAUUCGUCAAAUCUUGCAUGACGCUCUCCCUGUUAAGGAUAUUAAGAAAUUGGAAAAAAAGCUCAUCAGCCUAAACAAGUGGGUUAAAGAGUUUCGAGAGCUUCAAGGUGAGUCUGCAUUGUCUAAUCUUCUCAAACGGCUCAAUCAAAAAAGUAUCAAGUCCAAUAAUGAAUUUGAAAAAGAGAAGUUGAUAUGCAAGUGUCUCAAAGCCCUUUUGGCCACCGAUCCGUCAGUUGAAGAGGGGUCUAAAAUCAAACUUCCACUCAACUUGAUUAUCCAAGAGCAUCUUCAGGCUAUCAAGAGCCUUCCAUUCUCUUUGCUCUCUCCCAGUAUCGAGACAAGAACUUUGGCAACCGAAUUGCUUAUUUAUUUAACACAUUUUGGGCAAUUUAACUUCUUUCCUCACCUCUUGGACGAGUUUAGGAAACUCCAAGACAAGUAUUUGAUGUUUGUUCGAUUUCAGCCCUGGAUGAAUGCUUUGGAAACUACACUUGAUCAGCAUUUUCAAACCGCCAAACAGCAUCGUUCAGAGCACGAGGAACUCUUCAAGGAGUACCUUCUAGUCACUAUAAUCUUCAUCAAUCAACUCCUUGAAUGCUGUGAGAAAACGCGAGACAGAGUCAUUCUAAGAAAAGAGCUUUCUGACAGCAGGUUUGAUGAGAUUCUCGGCAAAAUUAAAAAUAUCAGCGAUGACAAGCUAGCAAGACAUAUUGCCCACUUUAAUCGACUAGCUGAGGGUGACUAUUCGGAGUUUUUGAUGGAAAAACUGUUCAGAUUAGAGUCAGAGGAAGACAGUGAAUCUUUUGGGUCACAUUUCAGCGAUCUUCCUGUCAAAGGUUAUGCCCCCCUUGAUACAGACUUCGAAGCUGGUAAUGAAAAUGUACACAUGAGUAGUCUUUUGGAUAAGGUGAGGUUGAUAAAGAAAUCCAAAACAGCUCCUGAAUCGAAAAGGUCCCUUGCUCUUCUCAAUACCAUAGCAGAUCACUUGGUGGAUGACAGUUUUGGAGUAGCUAGAUCCGAUACUGGUCUCAAUGUUACUUUAGAAAAACUCAUUGAUCGUUUGGAGACAGAUGAUACCGCUCGUCGUGCUGUGAUGGAAGUGGAAGCUUUGAAAAAGCAAAUCAUAGAGAUGAAGGAGAAUAAAGUUCCCACUCAUCACUUCGAAAUGAAGGAUGACAAUGGCCGCAUCAAGUUGUUAGAGAGUGAGAUUCAAAAACUGGAGGAUACAGUUGCAACCCAAAGAAAGCUGAUCAGCUUGUUGCUGAACACUAUUAAGCGGCUUGAGACAGAAAUUCAGCGCUUGAAGAAAUCCAAUGAUUUAGGAAAGGGACAUUUUUCUCGAUCAGCGUUGUCUUCAGCGACUUCUGCAUCCGAUUCGACAACACAAGGCGAAGAAGCAGAGAGAAAGGGAGUUGUGCUUGGCGAGCUUGAAUACAAAUUGGCGAGACAGAAGUCAAGGAGUGGACUCAAGAAAUCCAAGGUUACCAAUAAUCUCUGGUCGCAUCUAGGAGAGCAGAAGGGAACAGACGAUUUGAAUCUAAAUCAAUCUCUCUCGGGCGCUACAGUUGAUUCCAUCGACAGAGCAACAUCUCUACCCAAAGAGUUUCCAAACCUUAAAAAACUCUGUGAUUCAACCGGAAGUGAUGAGAUGAAGGCCGAUACUAAACUUCCUCCCCCUCCGCCACCUCCUGCCCCUCCCCUGCUCCCAUCUUUCCUCCAAGCUGCUGUCGCUUCAAAUGGCACACCCUCAGUGCCAUCUCCGAUACUGGCUCCUCCACCUCCGCCUCCACCCCCGCCGUUACCACCAAUGCUAGCGGAUCAGAAAAACUCUCUCCCUCCUCCACCUCCUCCAUUGCCAUCCUUCAUGGCUGAUUCUGGCGAUGCAACUAAUUCAGGGCCUCCCCCGCCACCGCCAUUACCAGGUUUCAUGUCUGCGAGUGAUAAAGAAUCUAGUGUCCCUCCACCUCCGUGUCCUUCUGGGCUGUUCUCUCCUGCUAUGACUGAUGAUCAUCAUCAAAACCAUGGUCAAAGCGAAGCUGGUGAUGAAGCUGCAUCAAGGAGAAAACUGGCAGUGAAGCUUAAGACGGUUCACGUUCACAACGUUCAUGACACAAACUCUACAGUGUGGGCUGACAUCAAGAAGUUCGACAUUCAAGAGGUUUUGGAGACUCAAGAUGCUUACAGUGAAGUUCAGACGCAUUUCAAAGUGAGGGAAUUGCCAAAGAAGAAGGCCCUAGAUGUGAAUGCUGCAAAGAAGAGAGUGAAGGUCCAAACUCUCAUUCCAAGAGAUAUCGCACACCAAUUUGGCAUUUACUUGCACAUGUACAAUAAUUUGACGGCUGAAGACUUGAUACUCAAGAUUUUACACUGCGAUAAGGAUAUCAUGGAUAAUAUAAGUGUGCUUGAGUUCUUCAACUUGGACUUGUUCAACGAUUUCUCGGAGUCUAAAUUUAGGAACUUUGCUCCGUAUGCUAAAGAUCUCGCUGACCCAAACUCAACGCCAGCCAAACCUCCGGAUGAACUCGAACGGGCCGAUAAAGUCUUUCUAGAGAUUUAUAACAUGAGACAAUACUGGAAGUCUCGCUCAAGGGCGGUUCUUGUGACUCAGACUCACAAAAAAGAGUUCGAGGAUCUUAAUGCCAAGCUCAUAAUGAUAGAAAGAACAGUGUACGCUAUCAGAGAAAGCGACAAUUUGAAGCACGUCUUGGGAUUGAUAUUGGAAGUUGUGAACUACAUGAACGACGAAGCAAAACAGGCCCUGGGCUUCAAGCUAGAUACCUUGCAGAGAUUGAAAUUUUUGAAGGAUAACUCUAACACGAUGACCUUCCUUCAUUAUGUUGAGCGAAUCGUUAGGAACAAAUUUCCAGAUUGGGGAUCCUUUGUUGACGAACUCAACAUCUUAAAUCAAAUCCAUAAUAUCAAUGUCGAGCAAAUCGAAAAAGAUUGUGAAGAAUACGAGAGAAACAUUCGCAAUGUUCUUGACUCGUUGGAAAGGGGUAAUUUGAGCGACUCAACAAUGUUUCAUCCUGAGGAUAGAGUUCUCCAAUUUAUCAGACGUCCACUCAUUGUGGCAAAGGAAAAUGCUAUUCAAGUCUCUGAGAAACUCCGGAAAACCAUGGAGCAUCAUACUCAAUUGAUGAAUUACUUCGACGAGAAUCCUGACGAUAGCAACAGCAGGAACUCUUUCUUUCUGAAAUUUGCGGCUUUUGUUACCCAAUUCAAGCAAGUGCAUGCCGAAAAUGUCCAAAGAGAAGAGGAGGAGAGAGCGUACGAAUUAAAAAAACAGGCCAUUCAACGAAAAGAACACAUGAAAAAAUCUUCUGGGAAGAAUAGAACUGAGCCAUCUAAAGAGCAACUUAGCGAGGCUCUUGGCAAGUCUUCCGCAAAAGAUAAUGUCGUGGUUAAUCAUGAGGAAGAUGAUGAGGAUGACGCAGAUGAUAACGAUAAACCUGGGAACCGCGCUGCCGUUGACGAAUUAUUGCGUCAACUAAAAUCGGGGCCCAUGAGAGACAAGAGCAAAGCGAGAGAACGCAAAACGAAGGCCCUCAAUCAGGCUCGCAAUCAAGAAGUUGCUGACAAGAAUAUAGAGCCACUUUCAGAUCAAGUCUAUGACAGCGUGAACUAUUUGAAGCGCCGCAUGACGGAUCGAAGGAAGUCCAGUGACAAGGCAUCCGAGCCAGAAGAGGUGGAUUAUGUCAUGUUGAGAGCUAGGAGUAUGCUACACCGCUUGAGAAGUACACCUGACGUCUUGGAGGCUACAGGGGACUUAAGCUCCCAGCCUGGUGAGAGGGUGGAUCUCGCAUCUGAUUCAACUGAAGAGGUGGCACAAGAUGAAAUUGAAAACGUCAGUGAUGAGGCUGCAAAGGAGAUCAUUGUAAUCAGUUCCUCCGAGGGUAGGCCAGAAAGUGAGUCUGACGCGCAGAAGCCAGUAUUGAGCGCUUCAAAACCGGAUCAGAUUGUAGUAAGCUCGAAACUCGAAGCUGUAAAGGAAGAGUCUUAG